CUCACUGAGAACUUCAAACUCUUCGGGGAAAAAUAUCUCGACGAUAAGUACUAAGAUGACAUAAAUAUGUAAAAUCUGGUCUGCCCUACGGUAUACUGCUGUAUUGCUGUCGACUGGUAAAACUGAACUGUCUUGCUUAAACCAACGGCAACCAACCUUCACCGAAUCUGCAGAGCUCAACCAGGAAACAUGAGAAGAGUCUUGUUUUGGUGUGGUAUUCCUGUGGUUGUCACAUCGCUUCUCGUUGUAACAGUAAACGCCGAAAACACCAACACAAGAAAGAAAAUGUUCCAGCGAAGUGCUCAAGAAGAAGCUCUCUUUGGUCAUGUGAUCCAGUCUGCUGAAACCUCCAGUGACAUCGAUUGUUUCAUGGAUUGUUCCAGAGAACAGCGUUGUUUGUCAUUUAACUAUAAAAGUAACAGAGAUGAUGGGAUCCCUGUGUGUGAGUUAAACGACCAGACGCGACAGUCUAGGCCCGACUCUGUUGUACCAAUGCACGGCUACUACUACUAUGGUCCAGAGUCUUCCUGCACCUCUGAUCUCUGUCUGAAUGGAGGAACAUGUCGGCCAGUUAUUGAUGAUUCACACCAAAGAUACCAGUGUCAAUGUUUACCUGACUUUACUGGUGAACGCUGUCAAUAUCCAAGUGAAGACUUUGACAUCAACUUCCCCACCAGACAAAGUGCUUCUGAUUAUGUUUUGUUGGUCAAAAUGCCGCAUCAACUGACAAGUUUCACAGUCAGUAUGUUCGUCAAUCUCACUAAAGAUGUUGAUCACUCGUUCGUUUCGUACUCAACGCCUUCCAUUGAUAACGCACUCUUUUUUCAUCAACGAGGAUCAGUACUUCAACUACGAGUUAACAACAUUAUGAGGGAAUUCAAACCAUGGAAAAUACGUGCUGACGGUAGAUGGCAUCAUCUAGCUCUGACUUGGGAGAGCUCUCAAGGGGAAGUUAAGUUGUACAUAGAUGGUGUGCUCCCAAUCGCUGUACUGAAUUACGCAAAUGGUCAAAUGAUAGAAGCUAACGGCAUAGUUGCCAUUGGUAACGAUCAGGAUUCAUACGGCGGUGGUUUUUUAGCUAAAGAUGCUCUUUGUGGCUCUAUCUCCCGUGUUAAUAUCUGGAACACGGUGUUAUCACGUGAUGUCAUCACAUCGUUAGCUGGUAAAUGUGGGAAUGAAGCUGGUACAGCUGUUGCUUGGAAAGAUUUCAAAAAAGGUGUAGCUGGGGUGUCGUAUCAUGGUGAAGCAAAAUCCAUUUUACCUUCAGCAUGUACUAAAGGCAUUUUAGCAAUGAAAAGCGUCUUGUUUUGGUGUGGUAUUCCUGUGGUUGCUACUUCGCUUCUCGUUGUCACAGUAAACACCGAAAUCUUUAACACAAAAAAGAAAAUGUUCCAAAAAAGUGCUCAAGAAGAAGUUCUCGUUGGUCAUGUGAUCCAGUCUACUCAAGCCUCCAGGGACUUCGAUUGUGUCAUGGAUUGUUCCAGAGAACAGCGUUGUUUGUCAUUUAACUAUAAAAGGAACAGAGGUGAUGGGAUCCCUGUGUGUGAGCUUAACGACCAGACGCGGCAGUCUAGACCCGACUCUAUUGUACCAAUGGACGGCUACUAUUACUAUGGUCCAGAGUCUUCUUGCACCUCUGAUCUCUGUCUGAAUGGAGGAACAUGUCGGCCAGUUAUUGAUGAUCCACGCCAAAGAUACCAGUGUCAAUGUUUACCUGACUUUACUGGACAACGUUGUCAAGACAACAUGGCAGACUUCGAUAUCAACUUCCCCAGAAAAAGUACAUCUGAUUAUGUUUUGUUGGCCAAAAUGCCGCAUCAACUGACAAGUUUCACAGUCAGUCUGUUCGUCAAUCUCACUAAAGAUGUUGACCAUACGUUUGUUUCGUACGCAACCUCAGCUUACUCGAACGCUAUCUUCGUACAUCAACGAGCCUCGGUACUUCGACUGUGGGUUAAUAACUUCAAAAGACAGUUCAGUCCAUACAAGAUCGAUGCUGACGGAGCCUGGCACCACCUAGCCAUGACAUGGACAAACGUCCAAGGACAAGUUUCAGUCUACAUCGAUGGCAUCCCUAAAGUAACUGUACUCAAUCUAGCAACAAACAAUGUAAUACAAGCUAACGGUAUAGUUGCCAUUGGUAACGAUCAGGAUUCAUACGGCGGUGGUUUUGUAGCUAAAGAUGCUCUUUGUGGCUCUAUCUCCCGUGUAAAUAUCUGGAACACGGUGUUACCACGUGAUACCAUCACGUCGUUCGCUGGUAAAUGUGGGAAUGAAGCUGGUACAGCUGUUGCUUGGAAAGAUUUUAGGAAAGGCGCAACUGGGGUGUCUUAUCAUGGUGAAGCAAAAUCCAUUGUACCUUCAGCUUGUAAAUGAAUACCGCCCAUGAAAUCAAU